AUGAAUUUAAGUAUUCCUUCAUCUACCGAGUCUGCACUCAUGGGAACUGAAUGUGGUUUGUCGAAUAUUCUGCAAGGAAAUAUUGACCACACAAACACAAUAACAUACGUAACUGUCUCUUUCCUGAUCGUGUUAGCCAUAGCUACGUGUCCUUUCACAAUUUUGUUGAAUAUUCUGGUGAUCGUUGUCGUGAAAACUAAGUCGCAUUUGAAGACAAACUCCAACAUCGUACUCGCCUGUUUAGCGGUUACUGAUGCCUCUGUAGGAGUGGUCGCUCAGCCUCUGUACAUCGCCAUCAGAAUAUUGGGUCUUCUUGGUGACACGUCAGACGAAUACUGUAGACUGCUUCACUCAUCAAGAAACGUCUUCAGACUCCUGGCUGGUUCGUCUGUAUUACAUUUGUUCCUGAUGAGCUUCGAACGCUACCUCGCCAUAAAUCAUCCAUUUAAGUACCCGCGCAUGCUUAAUAAAGCUCGUAUACUUAAAGCGUCCGUUCUAGCCUGGCUUAUAGCAGUGAUGGCGACAAUUCCAUUUACGAUCACUAGUGUGAGAUUCUACUUGACUAUCAAUAAUGCUUUAUUGGGCGUGUUUGCGGCACUAAUCAUUUUCUGCCAGGUUGUGGUUUACAAAGAGACCCGUCGGCAUGAGAGGCAUAUUGCCACUAAUCAAAUCUCAGCGGAGGCCAGAGAGAAAUUUAGGAAAGAAAAGAAAGCCUUGAAGCUCACAACUUGCGUCAUUUUUUUUCUCGUUUUGAGUUAUUUGCCAAUUUUUAUUGUUCGUUUACUUUUGUUGACCUCUACCAUAACCAGUGUAAAUUUAGCUAAUAUCAGCUUAAACUUUGUAACCUGCAUUGCAAUUCUCAAUUCGCUCAUCAACCCUAUCAUUUACUGUGUAAGACUGAGACAGUUUCGCGUUGCGUUUAUUCAAAUGUUACUACGGAAAAACAAUUUACAAGCUGAACAGUUUGAAAGGUAA